AUGGCUGAUAAUGAUGAGGAGUGGGAUGAUGAUGAGUUUAUUAUGGAUGCAUGCAUUCUAGGUGCGGUGGUAGCAAUUAGUGAGCUAACAUAUUCUGCGCCUCGUCAAAAAUGUUGGACAUCUACAUUGUCUGGUCAUAAAUGGAUAUCAGAUUUAAUUCGAGGUAAUCGAAUCAAAUCUUUGUCUAUUUUAAGGAUGGAAAAAUGUGUAUUCAUUGAUUUGUGCAACGAAUUGUCAACAAAAUAUGGAUUAGUGGCAACACGCGAAGUUGGAUUGAGAGAGAUGGUUGCUAUUUUCAUAUAUAUUGUUGCACAAGGUGUUAGUACUAGAGCAGUGCAGGAUCGGUUUCAACAUUCUGGUGAAAAAAUUCAUCGGCAAUUUCACAGAGUGUUGGAUAGCAUUAUAAGAAUGUCCAGAGAUAUUAUCAAGCCGAGAGAUCCCGAGUUUAGCGUGACUCCCCGUCAAAUAACAGAAAAUGAUAAGUAUAAUCCAUUUUUCAAUGAUUGCAUUGGGGCAAUUGAUGGUACACACAUAGCUGCAGUUGUGCCUCCUGACCAACGUAUUCCAUACAUUGGGAGGAAAGGAGUGACAACCCAAAAUGUGAUGGCAGUAUGUGAUUUCGACAUGUUAUUCACAUUUGUUUGUGGUGGAUGGGAAGGGUCGGCGCAUGAUUCUCGAAUAUUCAAUAAAGUCUUAUCAGAUGCACAUAGCAAUUUUCCUCACCCUCCCACAGGGAAAUACUAUUUAGUUGAUGCCGGAUAUCCAAAUCAGAGGGGAUAUCUUGCGCCCUAUAAAGGGCAGAGAUACCACCUAGAGGUAUUUCGAAAUGGUCCACAACCCACAAGCCCUCGAGAAGCAUUCAACCAUACUCAUUCUUCUCUACGAAGUAUCAUUGAGCGUACUUUCGGUGUAAUGAAGAAGAAAUGGUUGAUCCUAACUCGGAUGCCGUCAUAUAAAUUUUGUACUCAAGUCAAGAUUGUUGUUGCGUGCAUGGCCUUGCACAAUUUCAUUCGAAGGCACGUUAUUGAGGAUGAAGAUUUUAUCGCAUAUGGUAACGAAUCUAUGGUCAUGGGAAAUGACGACGACUUUGGUACUUCGGUGGAUGUUGGGGAGCCUUCACAUUUCAAUGAAGAUUUAGAGAUGACCACUUUACGCGAUAUGAUUGCCGCAGAGUUAUAUGAUAUAUAG